GGCUGGUGCAAAAGGAACGCGCGUUUGCUGGAGGAGGAGGAGUAAAGCGGUGAUUGUGUAAUUAAAUAAUAAAACAAUCCUUAAGUCUGAUUUGGAGAGAGCUCGAGCGGGGUCCAGAGGGUGGAACCGGUGAAUCUUUCAACUUGCAAGUUUUUCAAGGAAAGAAAGCGAGAGAGGGAGGGGGAAAGCGCCCAGAACAGAAAAGAGGAGUUUGCAGCCAAGCGGGAUCGAUCGUUUGGGAUUUUUUCAGGAGGUCCUUCCGAUCCCUUCCGUGGGCUGUGGGCAUCGGCACCGGCAGCGGAGUCCACGCUCGGCGGGUCAGACGCGGGGCGAGGCGGGCGGGCGGCGGUGCGGCGGGGCAGGAGCGCAGCAAAGGCUUUUCCGCCCCGGAGCUCCGCGCCUGCGCCCCCUCCCUCACCCCGGCCUCUCCCUGCUCCCCCCUCCCCACCCCCACCCGGCCCUCUCCGGCGCGCGCCCCGCCACCCGCGCGCACUCGCUUGCGCUCCCCCUCGCGCACACACAUGGUCGGCUCGCGGCAAAGUUUCGCCUGCGAUCGCCACUCCCGGAUCCUGCUGCAGUAUUGGCGGCGGUAACCUUGAACUUUCCCAGCGCGGUGACACAUUCUCCUCGCUUUCCCCACCGCCCGGCCUCCUGCGCCCCCCUCCCCGCCUUUUUUUAAAAAAAGCAUUUCACCACCCACCACCACCCCAAUCCAACACACGCCGAACUCUCGCGCACCCCAAGCCCCCAACAACAACAACAACAACAACAACAACAACAACAACAACUGCAAAACAGAAAACAAAUCCCCUAAACCGGGCGACCAGCAGCCUGCACCGGCGGCGGCCUCGGAGAGCUCGGCCGGCGCGCGCGGACCGCAAGAGGGUUAAAAGUGUAGAUUGGAUUUCACCCCGGGAAAUCUAGCUCGCCGAGUGAACUUGAAUCUUUGGCUAUUUAAGGAGGACUGGGUUUGUUGCGAAGUUGCGGUGAUCCGGCGCAGAGCCCCGUCCUGAUUGAUCGCAUCGCUGGGCUCAGAUGACUGUAAAAUGAAUAGAUGAAAUCCUUGCUUCUCGAAGAUUUUCUUGGGCAUCUCCGGGAAAGUGCGUUUUAAGGCGAAGUCAUGAUGUAUUCUCCCAUCUGUCUCACUCAGGAUGAAUUCCACCCUUUUAUUGAGGCGCUUCUUCCGCACGUCCGUGCCAUCGCCUAUACGUGGUUCAACCUGCAGGCUCGAAAACGCAAGUACUUUAAAAAGCACGAGAAGCGGAUGUCGAAGGAUGAAGAAAGAGCAGUCAAAGAUGAGCUGCUCAGUGAAAAGCCCGAAAUCAAACAGAAGUGGGCAUCCAGGCUCCUGGCCAAGCUGCGCAAAGAUAUCCGCCAGGAGUACCGCGAGGACUUUGUGCUUACCGUGACUGGCAAGAAGCACCCGUGCUGUGUCUUAUCCAAUCCAGACCAGAAGGGUAAGAUUAGGAGGAUCGACUGCCUGCGACAGGCAGACAAAGUCUGGCGUCUGGAUCUAGUCAUGGUGAUCCUGUUCAAAGGCAUCCCUUUGGAGAGUACCGAUGGAGAGCGACUUAUGAAGUCCCCACACUGCACAAACCCAGCACUUUGUGUGCAGCCGCACCAUAUCACAGUAUCCGUUAAGGAGCUUGACCUGUUUCUGGCAUACUACGUGCAGGAGCAAGGUAGGAGCAGAUUGUUCUUUCUUCUAGCACGGUAAACACUGCACACACACCUCACAGACACGGGAGGUCUCUGGCUUGGACUCGAGUGUCCUGGAGGCCUCCAGAUGUCCUCUGCCCCUUCUGGGAACCUUGGUGUGCCCAGUUGUACUCCAUGUCCACGGUCAUGUGGGAGCCAUGAAAUUGGACAUGGGCCUUUCUUACCUGGAUAGGCUUCUGCGUUCGAAGAAAGGUCAAAAGGCCAAACAGACGCAGGAGCAGUCUAAGCCAUAAGGUUUAUUGCACUCCACUUUCUCUACUAGGCUGCUCUCCACGACCCCCUGACAAGACAACCUGACUGAUGGCAGCCGAAGUGCUGUUUGAUAAUCUUUGUACGAGUCUCUUACCUAACGAGGUAGAUGAACUUUGUUCAGGAGUCCAGUGGUGGCUGCACCAAAAAUCAAAUUAGCAUUUACUAUUACAGAAUAUCUAAGCUGGUCAUUAUCAAAAUACAUAUCUGACAGAGGCCUGGAUUUAUGUAGUUUUCGUAUUUCUAUCAACACGUCCUUUUGAUCGUGCAGUGUUCACUAUAGAUUUAAAGUGACACAGCUCUUGUUUAAACCAGUUGUAAUACUUUCCCAGAGUGACCAGGGAACACUUUCUGUUAUCAGUCUACUCGAAUGCAAAUUCAUAAAAGCUUCCCAAUGAAGGAGUCACAGCUUUCUUUACAGAGCAUCCCAGAGCAAACCAGAAAGCGAACUGGUUACACUGGUUUAAAAUAAAUCUCAAAAGAAUGCAGAAACCGCAUGCUGGACCAUGUUUACAGUCCUCGAUAAAGAGUGCUGCAAAUGUCGCCUGGACAGUGCAAAAGAGGCAGUGGGGGGGGGUGCAAGGGAGUUUCGAGUUAAUGAGCUGUUUCUUUGUUGUUGCUGUUUUUCUUAAGAAGGUGAGACUUUUGACUUUGUCUUCAAAUCAGCGUGUCAGGAUACAGUCCACACAGGAGAGCACCAUACUGAAAGUGGGCUUGACUUUGGGCUACCACAGAUGGUGGGUCAUUUCUGCAGUUGGCCUGGUGGGAGGGAGGGUGACGUGCAGAUAGCCAGGUGUCAGGCAGUCCGAUGCUCAUUAUAUACAUGUGGGGGUUUAAUAAAGUGAGGUGCGUUACUCUGAUCCAGAAAAGUGAGAUAAGAAAACUAAUCUUAUGACUCAGACCUUGCUGUAGAACUUACUGUGUGCCCUGUGCCUUGAUUUUCCCUCAAAUUAGUUCUUGAGAGAUGCUUACGUGUCAUUUCCAAUUUCUUUGAUUUUUAAAUAACCAUGUUGGACCUCGCCAUUUGGAAAUGUGUCUCUUAACAAACAGAACACCACAUUUGUUAUCUCCCUGGGUUUAGAACUAAAGUUCAAGUAAUGACGAGUGGGGAAAUACAUAUUUUCAUCCCUGAUGUCCUAAAAUAAAAGCUUAUUAACACAUGGCAAUUUGAUUGGCAGCUGCCUAAGAGGUGGCAUUUUAAGGUGGGCUACAUGCGUGUGUGGAUUGACUACGUGUUGUAAGUGUUGCGGAAGUCUCUGGUUAGAAGGAAAAGUUUUGCAAAGUGGGUCACACAACUCUUUAGUCAGUAGGGAAGAUCUGAGCCGUGCUCCCCUUUAACGCUUGGUGGUUGGUCACUAAGUGGACAUACUUGUCGAUUUAACCCCGGGCAGGCAACCAGAGUUCUUCGUUUUGUUGAACUGACAAUAGAGGUUAUCCUUUGGAUUUAGGAAGAUAGAUUGAAAAAAAGAAAAGAAAGACAAAACCAUAAAUAUAUUCUUUUUUUUUUUUUGCGUGACACUAGUGGGCAUGAUAAUCAUGAAGUUUUGAGCCAAGUCUUAGAAACUGUGUUUUCAGAUAAGACAUUGAUGCAGUAUGCAAACCCUUUUGGUAUUUUCUCUGUACAUCCAGUCACCUGUCCCCUCUGCCACCUGCCUUCACAUCAUCCCCUCUUAACAUCUGGUGACUCGUUACAGGAGUCACAGCCCAGCGCUUUUCUGUUUUCUCUUUUUCGAGAUUUGUAUCUUUCUUAUAUAUGAACUGUGAGUUGACUGUCCCUUUGCACCAUAACUGGUCAGAGAAAGAAGGCUCUCAAAGAUAAGUCUGCCAACGCCCCGGGGCCUCACCUCACGCCGUAACUUUUCAUUUCUCCUCUGAGUACAUGAAAUCAUACGUACUGCACUUUAGAAAUUAGAUAAAGCAGAGAGGAAAACAUGAAGGAAGAAUUAACACGGGAAAAAAAAUACUUAUAACAGAAUGAGCAACAAAAUGACUUCCCCCUAUCCUUCCUCUCCGUUCUAAGGGACUGGGAGAGAAAACAGGAGGAAGAGCAGAGCGAAUGCCAACACUGGUUGCCACUGGCACCGGGAUUGGCAUCAGACCCUCUUUGUUUAGCUCAGGAUGCCUGUGAUUUGUUGGCAUCCGCAUUGCAGUGUGGAGUGAUGUUACAAUAUAUUGACAAUUUCCAGAUCUAGAAAUGUCAAUAGUCCUCUUGGCUAUUUGCAGAUCACAUGCUUCGUCUCUAAUGGAAGAUGAGAUAGGGACGGGCGGAUAAUAAACUUCCAUUGUGGACCAACUUCCCGUCGCUUUUCUGUCUCCCUCCUUCCCUCUUGGUUCAACCCACACUCACCCUUUCUCCUGCCCCAGCAACCGCAUCUUUUCUGAAAUGCGGAA